AUGGCCACCAACGCCCGCUUACCCCAACGACGUAUCCUUGCGCAACGCGCAAAGGCCGAUGAGAACGCUAUGAGCCGACAUGCACGACAACCCUCCAAUUCUGCGACAUCAGGACCAAUCAGGUUCACCGCGAAGGAGAAUGCGCUCAAGACCACUACAACGACACGUCAAGCGCUCAGUGAGGUGACCAUCGCAGCUGUGAAUCGAAAGGACCCAGGAGUCAAACCUGCAUCUGGAAAGGAUAAGGAGGAAACCGGGUUGAAACGAGGUCGUUCCAACUCAACCACCUUCGCGCAGCGCGUGCCACUAGGCCCUGGGAGGAGCCAGGUCGCCCCUCCAGUUGCCAAUGUUGUCAACGCGCGCGUUCCGCUUGCUCGCACACGGCUGCCAGCAGUCACAGCCCCUAAACGCGCUUCGCGAGCCGUCGCAGAACAAAUACAAGAAGUUGAGAUGAAGGAGGAAGAUGUGCAAAGCGAGAUGGACGUCGAGGAUGAUCUUGCACGUGAGUACGAGGAAGAGGAGUUAGUCGUCAACGAGCAAGAAGUGGAGGCGAUGGUCGGCAUUGAAGACAGUGAGGAAGAAGACGAAGUCGCACCCUUACCGCCCGUGGAAUCGAAACGUCCUCGCGUCUGGCCUGAAGUCUCUACCGAGAAGGCCUUGAGAGCCAAGAAGGAGAUGCAAGCCAUUCGCGAAGCUUUCGAAGAUGAAGUUGACAUGUACGACACAACGAUGGUCUCUGAGUAUGCUGAAGAGAUCUUCGAGUACAUGUGCGAACUUGAGGAGGAAGUUAUGCCGGGUGCCAACUACAUGGACGGCCAAAACGAGAUUUCUUGGGGUAUGCGCCAAACCCUCGUCGACUGGCUGCUGCAAGUGCAUCUGCGAUACCACAUGCUUCCUGAAACACUUUGGAUAGGGGUCAAUAUUGUGGAUCGUUUCCUCACCAAGCGUGUCGUCUCCCUGCUCAAGCUCCAGCUCGUCGGUGUGACAGCCAUGUUCGUCGCAGCCAAGUACGAGGAAAUUCUUGCUCCGUCCGUCGACGAGUUCGUCUUCAUGACCGAGAACGGCUAUACGAAAGAGGAGAUCCUCAAGGGCGAGCGUAUCAUGCUUCAGACACUCGACUUCAGGAUAUCGCACUACUGCUCGCCAUACAGCUGGAUGCGUAAAAUUAGCAAAGCCGACGACUACGACAUUCAAACAAGAACACUUAGCAAGUUUUUGACGGAGGUGACCCUGCUGGAUCAUCGUUUCCUCCGAGUCAAACCCAGUCUCAUCGCCGCCGUUGGGAUGUAUUGUGCAAGGAGGAUGUUAGGUGGUGACUGGAACGACGCGUUCACUUUCUACUCAGGUUACACUGAGGCACAACUCAUUCCAGGGCACAAUCUUCUCGUUGAUAAGCUCACCGAAGAGAACUUCCAUCGGCAAUACGUCUGCAAAAAGUACGCGAACAAAAAGUUCCUGAAGGCUUCCGUUUUUGCUAUCGAAUGGGCUAAGAAUCAUGUUCAUGGUUCUGACGGUGCUGCCGAGUCAAUGGUUUUGGCUGAGUAA